AUGUGGGCAAAGCAUCUGCAGGCUAUGCGCCCCACGAGAGCUCCACAUGGGAGGCUUCAUAGAGACAGGGAUGCUGUGGCCUGGCCCUUCUCUCGGCUCUGGAGAGUCUCUGACCCAACUUUGUUCCAAAUGACCGUCAUUGCUGCUCUCUGGGUUGCUGUUUUUGGUAAAUGUGGUCCACCUCCUGAUUUACCUGAUGCCAUGCCAGUAAGUGAGAUGAACCAGACAGACUUCGAAAGCUCAACUUCCCUGAAAUACAGUUGCCGUCCUGGCUACAGUAGAGCGUCUUCAAACCAGAUUGUUUACUGUAAACCUGAUGGGAAAUGGCAGAUUGAUAUCGCCUGUGUCAAAAAAUCGUGCAGGAAUCCAGGAGAAUUACGGAAUGGACAAGUGGAAGUCAAGACAGAUUUCUCCUUUGGAUCACAGGUAGAAUUCAGCUGCUCAGAAGGAUAUAUCUUAGUUGGCUCAUCCACUAGUUAUUGUGAGAUCCAAAGUAAAGGAGUUGCCUGGAGCGAUCCUCUCCCACAAUGUGUAAUUGUCAAGUGUGGGUCCCCUCCAGACAUCAGCAAUGGGAGGCACAGUGGCGGUGAUGACAUGUACACAUAUGGCUCCUCCAUUAGCUAUAGAUGCGAUCCCCGCUUCAAGCUCCGUGGCAAUGCCUCCAUUACCUGCACCGUAGUGAACAAAACAGUAGGUGUUUGGAGCUCAAGCCCCCCUACUUGUGAAAGAAUCACCUGUUCUCCACCAGAUAUUUCACAUGGAACAAUUAUUUCUGGAUUUAGAACUACCUAUAAACACAAAGACUCUGUUAGAAUUACCUGCACGAAAGGGUUCAUCCUCAGAGGCAGCAGUUUCAUUCACUGUGGAGCUGAUGGAAACUGGAGUCCUCCCCCAAUCUGUGAGCUCAAUAGUUGCACUAAUAUACCAGACAUUCCACAUGCUUCCUGGAUACGAAAUUCCAAGCCAACAAAAGAAGACUUGUUUCCGGUUGGGACUGUGUUAUACUACAAUUGCCAGCCUGGCUAUGAGCCUGCUAUAAGACAGGCUGUGAUUUGUCAGAAGGAUUUCACCUGGAGCCCGUUCAAAGAAUGCAAGGAGAUAUGUUGUCCAGUACCAGACCCAAAGAAUGUUAGAGUCAUUCAACAUACAAGAAAGUAUCCUGAGAAUGGCUGUACUUAUUUCCAUGAUGACACAGUAUCAUACAAAUGCCAUGAUGGUAGCACCUUUUUGUCUACUUGCAAAUCAGAUGGCACAUGGUAUCCCAGAACUCCAUCAUGUGAUCAGAGUUGUAAAUUUCCUCCAGACAUUGCCCAUGGACAUUAUACCACCACAUCUCGUAACUUCAUCACAACUGUGGCAACAUAUCAGUGUGAUAAAGGAUACAGACUGGUUGGAGAGGCAAAUAUCUCCUGCCUGUUUUCACAAUGGAGCUCAGCAGCUCCACAGUGUAAAGCUCUGUGCCAGAAACCAGAGAUAAGGAAUGGAUUGCUGUCUGCCAACAAAGAUCAAUAUGUUGAAUCUGAAAAUAUCACCGUCCAGUGUCACUUUGGCUUUGCCAUGCUAGGUUCCCAAAGUAUCACUUGUUCAGAGAAUGGAACCUGGUACCCAGAGCUGCCCAAAUGUGAGCAGGAGGCCUCCAAAGACUGUGAGCAUGUGUACACAGGCAAGAAGUUGAUGCAAUGUCUGCCAAAUCCCAAUGAUGUGAAAAUGGCGCUGGAGAUUUACAAGCUGUCUCGGGAGAUUGAGCUAUUAGAGCUACAGAUUAGCAAGGAAACACAAACUACCCUGGAGUGA